GGACAAUUUUGCUACGAAGCCCUGUCUGGAUGACUGUUGAAAUUCUAAAUCUAAUCUAAACAAUAAUAAAAGCAGUCGACACUAAGGUACUCGAAAUAAAAUGGCAAUCGGACAUGUACGCCGUAAAUUACUUCAUGGACGAACAUUAUUCGCUUCAGCAGGAAUUAACAACCACGGUACUCUACAGUACAGUUCGGGAAAUGGAGUAAAAGAAAGUGCCAAACCCAGUUUAUUGAAAAUAAAAGAAAAGUUGGAAAAUGGUCCAGAUUUUUCGGAUUUUGUACAAGGAAAUAUUUCUGGUAAAGAAAAAUGGAAAGACUAUGAAGGGAAAAUUGUCAGAGAAAAUGGAGGACAGAGGUUGAGGCUACCACCUUGGCUGAAAACAGAGAUUCCAGUUGGCAAGAAUUUUUCUAAACUGAAAGAAAACCUGCGAGGACUUAAUCUACACACUGUCUGUGAGGAAGCAAGGUGUCCAAACAUUGGUGAAUGUUGGGGAGGAGGUCCAGAUGCUACAGCCACUGCCACAAUCAUGCUUAUGGGUGAUACCUGUACACGAGGCUGCAGAUUCUGUUCAGUGAAAACAUCAAAAGCACCACCGCCACUUGAUCCAAAUGAACCAGUCAAUACAGCAAUUGCCAUCGCUGCUUGGGGACUUGAUUAUGUUGUUUUGACAUCUGUGGACCGAGAUGACUUGCCUGACCAGGGUUCAAACCAUUUGUCUCAAACUGUUAUGGAAUUGAAGAAAAGGUCACCACAGCUUUUGGUUGAAUGUUUAACACCCGAUUUUCGUGGAGACCAUGAUUGCGUUGAACGUGUAGUUCGAUCGGGACUUGACGUUUUUGCCCAUAAUAUUGAGACGGUAGAAGAGCUAACAUGGUUGGUUAGAGACCCAAGAGCUAAAUACAAGCAGUCUAUGGAUGUUCUGAGGCACGCAAAACAAAUCCGGCCUGAAGUUGUCACAAAGAGUUCUAUAAUGCUAGGUUUGGGAGAAAAGGACGAUCAAGUACGCAAAACUCUCGAAGAUCUUCGUGAGGUAGGUGUGGAUUGCGUGACAUUGGGUCAGUAUAUGCAACCAACGAAGCGUCACAUAAAGGUGUCCGAAUACGUAACUCCGGAAAAAUUCUCCCAGUGGGAGACUAUCGGUAAGGAACUUGGUUUCCUCUACACUGCCAGCGGCCCUUUGGUCAGGAGUUCCUAUAAAGCUGGGGAAUACUUUAUAAAGAAUAUUGUACAAAACGCAAAAAAUAGAAUUAAUUAGGUUAGCGGUAAAACUUGUGUGAAAUUCAUUUCAGUCGGUUUAAUUUAUCCGGCGGCGAAAUAAUUGUUCAAAUGUGUAAAUAAUUUUGAACAACCUAAAUAAAAAGCAAACAAAAAACGA